AUGGAAACUACGGUUGGGGGGGAGGGGUUUGCGGAGGCGGAGAUCGGGAUGAAGAUUGCUUGUGGGUUUGAGAUGAUGUAUCAGGAGAGGAAGAGGGCUGGGGAGGAAGGGAAAGGGGAGAGUUGGGAGGUUUUCUUGAAGAAUUUGGAGAGUAGUGGGGUUUUCGAUGGGCUUUUGCCGGGGUCGAAGGAGUAUCUGAGGAUAAUGAAGAAUGCGGAGGAGUAUUACAAGAAGAGUUCUCUCUUCUCUCGGACAAGGGACGUGAUGAAUGCUCCUCUGAAACGAAUUGAUGACGUUCUUGCUUUACCAUAUUCCACCAGUGAUUUCAAUUGCAGUGAUCUUCCUCCUUCGGAUGACGAUUCCUGGUUGUAUGAUGGGGAGGAUGAAUUGAAUGCAGCCAUUGCAGAGAGACAAAAGGAGAUGGAACUUUAUCAGCUUAAGCAUAAGAACCGGAAAUCAGGGAAGCAGGAGCUCAAAAAUGAUAAUCUUAAUAUGCAGUCAGACGAUUUCAAUUUCAAGGAUGUUGCUGAAAGUAUGCAAGCGUUCAUCCAGAAACUUUCGAGCUUUGAAGGCGCAGAGGUUCCUCAAAACAGGAACUUAAAUGAAGUGGAACUUGAUGUUAAUCAAUUUGUUAAAGAUAUGGAAUCUGUGGUCGGGCCUAUUUGGCAUGAGAAGGCUGCUAAUGAUGCUAAUAGUGAGGGUUCUACCUCAGCAUCAGAGAUGGAUUUUGAUGAAUCAGAGGAUGGAAGUGAUAUUGCUGAACCAUGUGGGGGUGAUGACAGUGGGGACGCAUUUAUGGAGUCCUAUUCUGAUGCUUUAAGUAAAGAGCUAAAUGCAACUACACUUAAGAGAAGUUUCCUUCGUGCCUCUGAACAAACCAGCAAUGAUGAAGAGGGAACGUCAAAAUCUACACAGGACAUGGAGGAGGAGCUAACCCCUGUUGAUGUAGAUGUAAACCUUGUGAAGAGUUUACUCGAUUCCUUUUCUUCUCAAGAAGGGCUUCCCGGCCCUGCUUCAAACUUGCUCGGACUUAUGGGUUUGAAUCUCCCAAGUGGCAAAAGUGAUAAAUAGUUCCUUCUUCAUUUUGUGACCACAUGUUUUUGACUAUGUAUCCAGUAUAUUUAGUUGACUACCGUUGACGGAAUCAAUGGCGACGGAGACCUCAAAAGAGAUGUUGCAGCUUCAGACCUCGAAGCGCAAAAUUUCCGCUUUUCUUUGUACAAUACACCGUUACUUCUUUUAGGGCCCUAGCCAGCUAAAAGGUGUUAUGUUGAGAGUUCUGUAACUAGUCACCUGAUUUCAUGCUUCAGAAAAUUGCAUGUAACUAGUUGUAUGUGCCGUUGGUUAUGUAUUUAUCGAACACAAAAUUUGUAUCUUUGAAGGUAAUCUUAUGGUGUCGUUAAAUAUUAUUUACCUA